ACUGUCCAAGUGCUCUUCAUUUCUCCAUCUUUCUUUCUCUCUCCGCUAAAUUUGGCGCCACCAUGGCCACUUCUCUCUUAACCGCCCCAUAUACAAAGGGACGACAGACCCACUUAGAGAGAGUGAUGAAAUGGCAGGGCAUUCUCAUUCUCUCUCUACCCUUCUUUGUUUAACAGAAGAAGAAGAAGAAGAUACAAUCUUUCAAGAAAAAGAUUCAAUCUUUCAAGAUGAGUUGUUGUUGGGUUUUUCCGGCGCCGGCGCCGGCGACAUUGACGAUGAUGAAUAUCUACAGAUAUUGCUAGAGAGAGAAGAAACAAGCUAUGGACUUGAUCAAUCUUCUUCAACCAUUCCGAUCCAUGAUUGGAUCAAAUGUGCAAGAUUAAAUGCCAUUUCAUGGAUUCUCAAAGCAAGAGAACUUAUGGGAUUUCAGUACCAAACAGCAUACUUAUCGUUGACUUACUUGGAUCGGUUUCUUUCAAUGCGAUUCAUUGAUAGUGAUAAGCAAUGGGCGAUUGAAUUACUGUCGGUGGCAUGUCUAUCUCUUGCGGCUAAGAUGGAAGAAUACAAAGCUCCACUCUUAUCUAGUUUUCCUGCCCAAGAUUGCAUCUUUGAAAACAGAUUCAUUCAGAGAAUGGAACUUCUGGUUUUGACCACAUUGGAAUGGAGAUUAACUUGCGUUACUCCAUUUUCUUAUCUUGUUCAUUUCUUUAAAGAUCUUCAAAGAGAUGAUCCAUCAUCUCCAAAGGAUGCUCUGUCCAGAGCCGCAUCACUCAUUUUGUCCGCCACCAAAGAUUCAAAUUUGAUUCGAUAUCGACCGUCUGUUAUAGCUGGAGCAGCUACAUUGACAGUUUUCUAUCAGAAAUUGACAAGACCUGAUCUGGAAGCUAAGAUCAUCGAUAACAACAAUAAUGCAGUUUCCUUGUUUCGGGUUAUUCAAAUUGAGGAUCUACAUUCCUGCUAUGUCCGAAUGCAGGAGAUUUACAUGGAGAGAAUAUCGAUGGCAUCAUCUAAUUCAACAACGCCUGCUCAAUUUCUUCAUACUUCUCUCUCUGAUCCUCCUCCUUCUUCCAACAAUAAAAGGAAAAGGCUUACGUUUGAUCAAAACAAGUCCAGUACUGAUAAGAAAUCUUCAUAGAAGGAUUGUCGGCGUGUUUUUUUUUUUUUUUUUCUGGGUUUGAUGGCAUUUCCAUAUAUAUAUAUAUAUAUAUAUAUACUAUGGAUUAAGGGUGGUUUGUAAGAAAGAAGAAGGAGGAGGAAGAAGGAAACCCUUAUUUCCAAAACAAAACAAAACAAAACCAUAAAAACAUAGGGAGUUGAUAAGUUUAUAACCUUUGAAUUUGGAUCAAAUCUAAAACCCUAAACAUAAAAAUCAAAACUUUGGUUUGAUUAAUGAUAUAUUUUAUCCCUUUGUAAU